UGUGCAGAGAUUCACAGCACUCAUCCCCCAUCCCUUCAUCUUCAACAUGGCUGGUAUUAACCCUGGUGACGAGAAACUUCGCUUCGAGUCCUCUGAGGCUGUCCCAGUUAUUUCGACAUUCGAUGAGUUUGGGUUCAAGGAAGAUCUUUUGCGUGGAAUCUAUGCAUACAACUUCGAAAAGCCCUCUGCGAUUCAGCAGCGCGCCAUUGUUCCUAUCACUCAAGGGCGGGAUGUCAUUGCCCAAGCACAAUCCGGUACGGGUAAAACCGCCACCUUUUCUAUCUCCAUUCUCCAAUCCAUCGACAUCUCUGUACGCGAGACGCAAGCUCUUGUUCUCUCACCCACUCGCGAACUCGCGACCCAAAUUCAAUCUGUCGUCCUCGCACUUGGGGAUUACAUGAACGUGCAGUGUCAUGCCUGCAUUGGCGGCACAUCUAUUGGCGAGGACAUCCGAAAACUCGAGUAUGGCCAGCACAUCGUCUCUGGAACUCCUGGACGCGUAUUCGACAUGAUCCGCAGACGGAGUCUUCGAACAAGAAACAUCAAAAUGUUGGUACUGGACGAGGCCGACGAGCUGUUGAACAAGGGUUUCAAGGACCAAAUAUACGAUGUGUAUCGCUACCUCCCUCCUGCAACACAAGUCGUCCUCCUUAGCGCCACUCUGCCUUAUGACGUGUUGGAGAUGACAACCAAGUUCAUGACCGACCCUAUUCGCAUCCUAGUCAAGCGUGAUGAGCUGACUUUGGAGGGUAUCAAGCAGUUUUUCGUCGCGGUGGAGAAGGAAGAUUGGAAGUUCGAUACCCUUUGCGAUCUUUAUGACACUCUCACGAUCACGCAAGCCGUAAUUUUCUGUAACACCCGACGCAAGGUCGACUGGUUAACCGAGAAAAUGCGCGUUGCCAACUUCACAGUGUCGUCCAUGCACGGAGAAAUGCCCCAAAAAGAGCGUGAUGCGAUCAUGGCGGAGUUCCGUGGCGGCACGUCACGUGUUCUGAUCACCACAGAUGUUUGGGCCCGUGGAAUCGACGUUCAGCAAGUCUCUCUUGUCAUCAACUACGACCUCCCCGCAAAUCGUGAAAACUAUAUUCACCGUAUUGGGCGGUCCGGCCGUUUUGGCCGUAAAGGCGUUGCCAUCAACUUCGUGACAGUGGAUGACGUGCGCAUCCUUCGCGAUAUCGAGCAAUUUUACAGCACGCAGAUCGAUGAAAUGCCUGUUAACGCCGCCGAGCUCAUUUAAGCAUCGGUACGACUCCCCGAGGGACAGAUGACCGUCGUUUCAUUUCUGUUGCGUCUCGUGUACUCGGCUGUAAUGUACUCUAUUUGGCUUUCCCGUUAUCAUGAUUGCAGGACUUGCACAUAUGUCGUAUCC